AUGGCUGGUCGUCUUGUCAUUAAAUUGUGUAUCAUAUCUUAUAUACUGCAUGGAUCAGCAGUGUGUGCUAAUGAUGCCUCAAAACAUUGGACUGAAUUCGUGACCUCUUUAGACCAGAAAGUCACCAGGUUGGAGAACCUACUGAUGGCAAAGGAUGCUAGAAUAAGCGAGCUUGAGGCAAGGCUUGACACGGAAUUGGAGAAGAAAAACACGCAAAUGUCACAUAUGAAACAAUACAUAGAUGCUAGAAUACGUGAACUUGAAAACAAUCAGGGCACUGCAAAUGAAAACUCAGAAUGGUUACAGCAGCGAGAGGAAAAAGAAAUAGGCGUUGCCCCGUCAGAAGUUGUUGCUUUCCACACAAAAAUGUCGGCUUCCAAGACCCUGUCUUCAGGAGAGAUAAUUGUAUAUGACGAAGAAACACUUGACCAAGGAAAUGGCUACAAUCCACGUGAAGGAAUCUACACGGUACCGGUAUCCGGGACAUAUGUUAUUACAUGGAAACUUUUGUCUAGAAUCCAUACUGUUAUCGUAACGUCUCUUGUAGUAAAUGGUGAAGUAAUGGGAAGUUCUGAUACCGACUCCGAGGACAUCACCGACAUACAUCAGUCUACUGCGAUUGUUGUACUUCCAUUGGUCGAGGGAGAUCACGUGCUCAUAAGAGUAAGUGGGAUGUAUCAUGGAGGCGUGGUCAGUGAUAGUCAACACGGAAAAGCUACGUUUUCAGGUUGGAAAAUUUGA